UUAUCUGCAGGGAGUAGGACUGGGUUAAAGGUGGCAAGGCGCUUGGUGUUGACUUUGGAGUUGCAGCACAAAGUAUGGAACAAAACAGGUGAAAGUUGAGGAGAAGAAAUUUCUCAUACUCUUAUUUACUCAAAAGCAACUUCAGGAAGCUCUCCGUCUCGCUCUGGAGGGCAAUCCCACAGUGGACCAGACCAAAGCUGGCCUUUCACGUGAGGCCGUUAAAUAUUAAAUAUUCACCCUGGAUCCAUCAUUAUUGGACAAAGACGGAGGACACUCACUGGUUCCCAUGGAGCCCAACCUGUCCGGGUCUUUCCUCUUCAACAACGGUUUGAACCAGUUCCCGACGGACAUCAAGGCGCCCGUGUGCCAAUACUCUGUGCCCAACAGCUUCUACAAGCUCAGCCCUGGCAACCUGAACGCCCAGCUGCAGGCGGGCACACCACACGGCAUCAGUGACAUCCUGAGCCGCUCUGUAGUGGGAGCCCCGGCUAACACCGCACUGCUCUCGGGAUAUUCCAGCAUGGGGGGUUUCAGUGGCACCGUGCCCACUCCAGGGGUGUAUUAUAACCGGGAUUACACCCCAACAACUUUGGGUGCUUUCCCCAAACCUAGUGAGUGUCCGGGCAUGAAGGGACGCACCAGCUGCUGGGUGGAAGGAGGCUACGACUGGAGAGGAGGAAGACAACAGUGCGGCAACAUAGACGGUGGACAUCCUGGUGAGACAGUGGGCAGGAAGAAACACACACGGCCGACGUUCAGCGGGCAUCAGAUCUUCGCCCUGGAGAAAACCUUCGAGCAGACCAAAUACCUAGCGGGACCUGAGAGAGCGAGACUGGCGUACUCCCUGGGCAUGACUGAGUCACAGGUCAAAGUGUGGUUCCAGAACCGGCGCACUAAGUGGCGUAAGAAGAGUGCGUCUGAGCCGAGCUCCACUCAGGCAUCCAGGGCCGAGAGACAGGGCGCCUCAGACACCGAGCUGGAGGAUGAGGAGUACAACAAACCUCUGGACCCCGACUCGGACGACGAGAAGAUCCACCUGCUGCUGCGCAAACACCGCAGAUCAUUCUCAGUGCUACGCCUGGGGCCACAUCAUGUCUGACACACACACACACACACCUACAUGUGUAUAUGACAAUGUUUACAUGCUGAAUACUGAAACACGCGCACACCCACGCAUAAAGCUUUAACUUUUCACUUUCUCAAACUUUGCUGCAUUCUCCUUUC